GAUUUGCAUGUAAUGCCAGUAUGGAUGCUCUGCUGCUGUUUCUAUGCCUGAUGAUGAUGGCCGUGUUCUUGGAUUAUCAGUGUGUGGAUGCCAACGAGGAGCAGGGCAGUCGACUGCGAGGCCUUUGGAAGUUGUCUGUGAAAGACUCAAAGUGGAAAACCAAAGCAGGUUUGUCUCCACCUCAUCCAAUCAGAGGACCGGUCGAACAACAGCUACUCUACUGCCAGGUUGGGAUUGGAUACCAUCUCCAGAUCUUGUCCAAUGGCACUAUAGGAGGAGUGCAUGAACCAAAUGAGCAUAGCUUUCUGAAGCUGUUUGCGAUGAGGCGCGGCGGUGUUGUGGGAAUCAGGGGCAUCAAGAGUGGCUUAUAUCUCUGUAUGAGCCGAGAGGGUGUUGCACAUGGAGCGGGACAGUUUUCAUCUGACUGUCUGUUCAAGGAGAGUCUGGAAGAGAACUUCUACACCACCUUCUCAUCCCUGUCUCAUCCAGGCAUCUACCUGGCCCUGUCCCAUAAAGGAGAGGCCAAGAGGGGGACUAGCGUGGGGAGACACCAGACCUGCACACACUUCCUCCCGCGCAGAGCUCCGUAAGCAAGCACUCUGCAACCCUGUUACAGUUUAUUUGUAACUUUGACAACCAGUGACUUUCCAAAAACCAUGGCUUGCAACUCUAAUUGUGAGGCGAAUUUGGCAAAUCACCCAAACUCUUCAUGGUUCAAGAAAUCUAAACUGGUGGCUGAAACACAGCAUGGCUGAAAUACAUGCAUUCAAAAUGACAUUGGAUAAAGUCCAGCAGGGGAUUAAAGCACGUUGGCGUAUUAGUAGCCUAACUGAGAUUAGCUCCAAAGGUAAACGCACAAACAGCCCUGGUGUUGUGUUUACACAGCUGGAUGUAUGUGAACUGGACUGGAUUGGAUUCAUGAAAACGUGUUAAACGGAUAUCAUCCUCUUACAUUUGUGAAAUGAAAGUGUAUUAAGUCGUAGGAAUCAGUCUGAUGGAUGAAGAUGUGAUCAUUGCACUUUUUUUACUUUUCACGUUAUUUAUGUAAUUUAUGUUAUGACUAUACUGGACAGUACCAUGUUUGUAAGUUACAUGUAUGAUGUAUAUUCAUCUAUGGAUUGUACAUGAGACCUGGGUUGGAAUAGUGUUCUAUGCAUUACAAUUACUUUUCAAUACAAAACAAUAAUUCAGAUAUCCUUUAAUUGAAAAGACAAGUAAUCUCUUAAAUAGGAAAUUAUUUGGAAAUAUACUUUAAAUUAUUAAAAAAUAUGGAUAACACUUUAUAUUUAGUUCCUCCAAAUUUCUAAAACAAUAAAAUGGUAGUACCAACAUUAGUAUUACUACGUAACUAUGUGUGUAUAAUAAUUAAUAAAUAGUCUUGAAUUGGAUUUAUGGGCGGCCCAAGAUGCACAAUGUACAUUAAUAUUGUUGAGAGGAAACUCACUUUAUCCACCACAUUUGGUUGAUGCAUUGCCAGUAAUUUGACUUAGAAAACUGUCCACAGAUCAGUUAUGAGGUGAAGAGGGGGAGGAGUGAUAUUUGCAAAUUAGAAUAGUCCACCAUGUCCUAUCUGAAAGACAGGACCCCACACAGGGUAGUGAUCCAAUCGCUACCCUAGCCUAGAGCAUUGGGAUUUUAUCUGUAGAGGGAAGAGUGCCCCCUACUGGCCUUCAAACACUACAUUCAGUGGCAUGUAGCGGACCUUAACUUAGAAAAAAAGAAUGCAGUGUGUUGCACAACUGCUGAAUCUGCAGUCACCUUACUACCUUGUAGUUGCAUUUUAAUAACUUAAACUACAGUUAUUAAUGUGUUAAUUCCAGUGAUCAAAAUUUAAUUGCUAGGUAUUUGCAUCAAGCCAUUCUAUCAACCAGAAACUAAGCUAAGGAGUCAGUCGAAAAUUACCCUCAUCAGGCGCACUUACAAAUACAUUCCUUAAAAAUGACCCGUUGGUGGUUUUGGUUUUGCUCUACCAGCUGAUUUACAAUGGUAAGGGGAUGCUCAGUACACUGUGGUAAAAUGGACAAUGAGAGUACACACAAUAACUCUCAACUGGAUAAAUCUACAACCCCUCCCCACAAACACACACAACCCCUAACUGGACAAUUCUUGCACCUUACAUAUUUUUUUGU